AUGGCAAAAUUUCACUUUCAAUUGUCUACUUCGGAUGGUAAUUAUAACACUUGUGAUUAUAAUAAUAUGCGGCAAAACAGGCUGAUUAAUUCAUCCUUUGUAGAUGAAUCAAGUGUCCUAGGAAGAGAUAAUGAUAAAUCAAACAUAACAAAGAUGUUAACUACACCGAGCGCACCAUCCUCCGCAUCCCUCUUAAAUCCUAGCCAGCAAGAAAAAUGUCCUGUCAUAUCCAUAGUGGGUAUGGGUGGACUAGGAAAAAGUACACUUGCUCAGUUGGUCUAUAAAGAUGAAUCGAUUAUCAGAAACUUCGAGACCAGAGCUUGGGUCUGUGUAUCUGAUGAUUUUGGUAUCAAAAGAAUCUUAACACACAUAAUUGAGUCAGUAACAAAUAGCAAGUGUGAUGAUUUUUCUAAUGUCACUGUCUUGAUUGGAAUACUUCAGAAAGUGUUGAGAAACAAGAAAUAUUUAGUAGUACUGGAUGAUGUUUGGAGUGAAGAUCCAAAAGACUGGGAAACACUUCAAGGUUUGCCAAGUGUGGGUGCUCAAGGGAGCAAGUCUUAG